CAACUUUGUGCUGGUUUUCUGAGAGUGUGGAGAAAAUGGAGUCUGCGUUCAUCACGUCCACACAGCCCGUCCGCCUGCACUGAUCCCCCCGCCGGCCACCUCCCGGCUCCUCGCUCCGGGGACACGGAACUUCUUUUUUGGUCCUGGUGGGUUUUAACCGGGGGAGUCGCUCCACGGACCCGGAGACUUCGAGGCUUCUUCUCACAUGGCGCAGAUUGGCAGCAUCAUGGUUUGGCUCCGCAGUGCCCUCGUGACCGGCUGCAUUUCCUGGAAUAAGCUGGAACCUGAACCUUGAGAGCCGCACCAUGGAAUGUUUGUAGUAUCCCCACAUCAGCCUCAGCCACCCCCCCCCCCAGCAUCGGCAGGAAUCAGAAAACACAAAGAGAGACGUAAACAAAUAAAGGGACACACACACCGGGACUCCCAGAUCUUUUGCGGGACACUCUUCAUCUAUUUAGGUCAGCCGGCUUGAAAGGGAUCCUUCGGAGGGUGCAGGGGAGUGAGUGUCAAUUUUGUGUGAGUGCAUGUGCGUGCGUGUUCCCCUUUUAGAGUAGGUGCCUGUCCUCGGGCACUGAGGCCAUGAGGCCAAAGACUUUCCCGGCCGCCCCGUACGUGGGCAACACGCGCCAGAGGCUUCAGGAGAUCAAGGAGGGUCUGAAGCAGCCGGCCAAGCUGGUGAGCCAGGCCCUGCAUGGGGGCAGCUCCCGGGGCGACAGCGGCAGAGGGGCCGACUGCAAGAGCGGAAAGGACACGGCAAGCCGGCAGCAGCAGGUCCGACCCCCGCAGAAGUUUAACAACUACCAGAAUGCCCUGCGGGAAAUCCGCAAGUCGCUCAUGCCCUUCGCCAAUGAGUCGGGCCCGUCCUCGGGGUCGGGGCACCCUGUAGGCGCCGGGGAGGUGAACCGGCAGAUGCUGCAAGAGCUGGUGAACGCCGGCUGUGACCAGGAGAUGGCGAUGCGGGCAUUGAAGCAAACAGGAAGCAGGAACAUCGAAGCAGCCUUAGAGUACAUCAGCAAAAUGGGUUACCUUGACCCUCGCACUGAGCUCAUCGUCCGUGUCAUCAAGCAGACUUCACCAGGAAAAGCCGGCAUGCCAAACGCUAUGGACCACCGGCCUACGAUGGAGGGUUCAGGAGAAGCAGCUGUGAUGCCUUCAUAUCAUCAGAUGGGGGCUCCCAUGUAUGAGGGGGCCGGGGGAUACGGUCCUGAGGGUGAGAUGCCCAGACCCUACAUGAGCGCGCCCCCUGGGAUGAACUACAUGAUGCCCCAACCUGGUGCAGCACAGGGCUCUGCCAUGGGAAACCCGAUGGGUAGGCCUCCCAGUAUGGGCACCUAUCCACCAGUGAUGGCCUCCCAAAACAACCCAGCCAACACCAUGUACCCUCCAGGGGGGCAACAGAAAGGCUACCCUGGGAGUAUGGAGCAGCACUGUCCCAUGAUGAGCUACAAUGUUCCUGGUCAACCAUUGCAACUCCAGCCACAGCCACCAGGUGGCCCUGUUUCAGGUCCACACUACGACUACGGUCAUGCCAGGCCUCACAUGAUGGAGCCUGCCAGCUAUGGCGUUAAGAGGACCCCCUCCUUCCAGAACAAGAUGGCACCGCCCCCCAUGGUGCCCCAAGACAACUACGUCAACAUGCAGGGGAAAGGGGCCAUGGGUCAAAAUGGACCUGGGGGAGGAGGAGGGGGAGGGUACCCCGCUAACCUGUACUUGCCUCCUCAUUCCCACCCCCGACAGGCAAGCCCCACCUCCCACCAAGUCCACAUGAUGUCCAGGUCUCCAGGGGGAGUGGCAGCCAUGGGCCCUGACUUCUCAGAUCUGCCGCAGAGCCUGAUGACACCGUCCAGAGCCAGCCUCAACCUGGACCUGUAUGAGCACCACUGGGCAGGACCCCCAGGCCCUGAAGGGGCCCCUCCAGCCAGGCAACCCCAGCCCCAGGGCCCAUUCAGGGGGGAAGUGCGUGUCCCCAGUAGAACCAACUCUUUCAACAGUCGCUCCGCAGGACCCAACGUUGUCCGGCCUGCGAUGGCUGCACCGCCUGCAGCUGGAAAACAAGACCCCUCCUUGGGCCAACCAAACACCAUCACGGCUGUAACCUCCCCACCGAUUCAACAGCCCGUCAAGAGCAUCCGUGUGAUGAGGCCAGAGCCCAAGACAGCGGUGGGACCGUGUCACCCAAGCUGGAUGACGGCUCAGGGCCAGGAUGCAUCAGAUUCUCUGGCCUACAUGCCGGAGGAGACUUACCCACUCGAGCCUGCUCAGGAGCCGCGCUGCCCACCCCCACCGUACCCCAAAAGUCUGCUCAUGUCUGGCACAGCUGGCGAACCAGGGAGCCUGGACCUAGCCAUGUGCGGAGCCCAGGACCACAGCAACCCUGCAGCCAGGAGCACACACAACGGCAGCGGAGGGAGUGGAAAGGGAGAAGAGAGCCAGCAGGUGAAAGAGAAGACGAAGAUGGGCAAGGGAGAAAAACCUGUGAAAGACAAGAAACAGAUCCAGACGUCACCUGUUCCAGUGAGGAAGAACGGCCGGGACGAGGAGAAGAGGGAGUCGCGCAUCAAGACCUACUCACCUUUCGCAUUCAAGUUCUACAUGGAGCAGCACAUAGAGAACGUGAUGAAGACCCACCAGCAGAAACUCAACCGCAGGCUUCAACUGGAACAAGAGAUGUCGAAGGCCGGACUGUCAGAAGCGGAGCAGGAACAGAUGAGGAAGAUGCUGAACCAGAAGGAGUCCAACUACAACAGGCUACGCCGAGCCAAAAUGGACAAGUCCAUGUUUGUCAAAAUCAAGACGCUGGGCAUCGGCGCCUUUGGUGAAGUGUGUCUGACGCGUAAAGUGGACACGUGUGCCCUUUAUGCCAUGAAAACACUUCGCAAGAAAGACGUCCUCAACCGCAACCAGGUGGCUCACGUGAAAGCGGAGAGGGACAUCUUAGCGGAGGCAGACAACGAGUGGGUGGUGCGUCUCUACUACUCCUUCCAGGACCGGGACAGCUUGUACUUCGUCAUGGACUACAUCCCCGGAGGAGACAUGAUGAGCCUGCUCAUCCGGAUGGGCAUCUUCCCCGAACCUCUUGCACGCUUCUACGUGGCGGAAUUGACGCUGGCCAUCGAGAGUGUCCACAAGAUGGGCUUCAUCCACCGCGACAUCAAGCCCGACAACAUCCUCAUCGACCUGGACGGACACAUCAAGCUGACAGACUUCGGCCUGUGCACGGGCUUCCGCUGGACACACAACUCCAAGUACUACCAGAAAGGAAGUCACAUCAGACAGGACAGCAUGGAGCCCAGUGACUUCUGGGACGACGUGUCCAACUGUCGCUGUGGUGAUCGGCUGAUGUCACUGGAGCAGGGCGCCAACCGGCAGCACCAGCGCUGCCUGGCUCACUCCCUGGUCGGAACACCUAACUACAUAGCACCCGAGGUGCUGCUGCGCAAAGGUUACACCCAGCUGUGUGACUGGUGGAGCGUCGGCGUUAUCCUGUUUGAGAUGCUUGUGGGACAGCCGCCCUUCCUGGCUUCCACACCCACCGAGACCCAGAUUAAGGUCAUUAACUGGGAGAGCACCCUACAGGUGCCUGCACAGGUCAAACUCAGCCCAGAGUCUGUCGACAUAAUCGCUCGCCUCUGCUGCUCUGCAGAGGAUCGGCUGGGCACCAAUGGAGCCGGCGAAAUCAAGUCCCACCCCUUCUUCACCCAGAUGGACUUCUCCAGCAAUCAACGGCAGCAGCCGGCCCCCUACCGGCCCAAGAUCGCCCACCCAAUGGACACGUCCAACUUUGACCCUGUGGAGGAGGAGGGUGGCCCCGGGGCAUGGAGUGACAGCGGGGACAGCACCCGGGCUUUGGACAUCCUCUUCUCCCCACAUGGGAAGCACCCGGAGCACGCCUUCUACGAAUUCACCUUCCGCAGGUUCUUUGAUGACAACGGCUGCCCUUUCCGCUACCCCAAACCGCUUGAGGCCAGCGAGAUGCCGUUGAGCAUCACCGGAGCCAGUGGCAUGGGAGAGGAGGCGGAACAAGACGAGGAGGAUGAUGAAGAAGAAGAUGAAGAGGAUGGAGAAGAGCAAGGAGAGGGAUGUGAGCCAGUGUACGUGUAGAGCUGCAGACUGAACUCUUACUUACGCUCAUCGUUCAGCUCGUGACCCUCCCGCCCUCCACUGCUCUUCUUCUGUUUAUGUGUCUGUGUGUGUUUAUACAUAUCUGGCAUGUGUGAUUGUUAACUUGAGGGAGCACGAACAUCGCCACCUUGUGGAAUCUAUAAUGCCUCCACCCUGACUUCAAAUACAAGACUCCCCUGAUCCGGGACCAAGAGACAACAUUCAGCACGUUACUGACUGCAUCUAGGGUGAAGCGAAUGCGGUUGGCAGAGCAAGACUCAGACUGGUCAGGUUGCACUGAGAUCCAUGGGAACGUAAGGAUGUCUGGAUCCAAUGGUUCUAGUUAGAGGACUGCUUCUGGUUCUUCCAGCAGUUUCUUCUCCCAUUCCUUCCACCCUUGGUCUUACUGACGAUCGAAACACCUUGACGGUGAUUGUCUGACACGGGAAGUUACUUCCUGUUCUACCUGAGCUGCUUUUUACGGCAAUGUGAAGAGUGGAACUAGUUUACUUGUUGAUCGUGCACGGGAGGCAGAGGGGGAUUCGGGUGGGGUGGG